AGAUGCAAAGUUAAUACCGUCGAUUACAACUUACAAGUGAAUGAUAGGUUAAGACGCAGGGUCCGAUGAGAUGAGCAUUUGGAAAAACUGAAAAGGAGAGAUGGUCAUCCCGAAAAGCGAAAUAAUGGUCGGCAGAAUCAGAAAAAGUUCAAGUAUUUGAAAAGCCCCUCACUCAUGGAAGAAAUGGAAACUGGUUUAAUUGGAUGACUCAUUUGUAGGCUGGUCCCGUGCAUGGAAGGACGACAAUCAACGUCACAGAGAAGCACCACCUACCUUGUAGAAGAAAUUCAUAUAAAAAGCUGCACACCCUCCCACUACAUUUACAGGGCUGUGAAUCUGGGAAAUUGGCUCAUCAUUGAAGGCUGGAUGAAACCGUCUCUCUUUGAUGGAAUUAUCAACAAGGAUCUUCUGGAUGGAACUCAAGUGCAAUUGAUGUCGACAAAGUUGCAGAAGUACCUCUGCCCAGAAAAUGGGGGAGGAACUACUCUUGUCGCCAACCGUACAAGUGCUUCGGGUUGGGAAACUUUCCGGUUGUGGAGGGUGAAUGAAUCGGCUUUCAAUUUCAGAGUGUCCAACAAUCAAUUCCUGGGAUUAGAAAGCCAAGGUGCAGGGAACAGACUAGUGGCCAAUUCAGAUUCACCUACCGACUCGGAAACGUUUCAGAUUCUAAGAAGCCAAGAUGACCCCACCUUAAUUCGCAUCCUUGCGCCAAACGGCCUGUUUUUACAGGCUAUUUCAGAGAACCUGGUAACCGCAGACUAUGAAGGAUCAGGCUGGGAAGACGACAACCCGUCUGUAUUCAAAAUGACCAUUCUAAAUGACAAGACCAUAAAAGGCGAAUACCAAAUUACAAACGGUUACGGCCCAGAAAGAGCUCCCAAAAUCAUGCGGGAUCACUGGAACACGUAUAUAACUGAGGAAGAUUUCAAGUUCAUGUCAGAGAAUGGUUUAAGUGCAGUCAGGAUUCCAGUUGGAUGGUGGAUAGCGUUUGACCCAACACCCCCAAAACCAUUCGUGGGAGGAUCACUGGAAGCUUUAGACAAUGCCUUCACAUGGGCACAAAAGUAUGGAAUGAAAGUAAUAGUGGACCUGCAUGCUGCGCCCGGUUCCCAAAACGGCAACCCUCACAGUGCAACCAGAGAUGGAUCUCGCGAAUGGGGAGAUUCUUACAUACCGCAGACUGUAUCAGUCAUCGACUUCCUAGCUGCAAGAUAUGGUGAGAGAUCGAGCCUGGCGGCAAUAGCGUUAAUGAAUGAACCGCUGGGAAUUAAUUUGGACAGCCUGAAGAAGUACUACGAAGCAGGGUACGAUGCUGUGCGGAAACACAGUGGCAGUGCUUAUGUGAUCAUGUCGAGUCUGCUGGAUAAAAGCUCGAAAGAGCUGUUAUCUUUCAUCGGAGGUUUUGAAGGAGCAGUUAUUGAUGUGCAUUAUUACAAUCUUUUUUCCAAUUCCUUCUCCAAGAUGAACGCACAGCAGAACAUUGAUUACAUUACUGAACAGAGAGCGUCUGAUGUGAGGUCUCUGACCUCACCUAAUGGGCCCCUUCUUUUUGUCGGGGAGUGGAGCGGUGACUGGCUGGCUCGGGGCGCGUCCAAGGAAGACCAUCAAAGAUUUUUAGAGGUGCAAGUGGAGGUGUACUCGCGGGCCACUUUUGGAUGGGCUUAUUGGGCCUACAAAUGUGACUCUCACUACUGGAGCCUCCAUUGGAUGAUCCAGAGCAACUACAUCAAGCUCUAAUUGUCGGCAACUUCCAUGCAUCCAUUCGCCUGGCCUCCAUAACAAAAAGAUUAUCACUGAAUUCCCUUCCCAUCCAUAAUCCUGAUGAUGGGCUUUUCACUCCAACCAUUCCAUGGAUUAUCUAGGACCAUUCCGUAAGGCUUGUAACUUCUCUUACCAAGUUACGCAAUAAAGUCACCGCCCACUGUAAAAAUUGAAGUCCAUGUAUCAUCCAUAUAUAAUUAUAUGUUACAAAAAGAGAACAAUGUUACUUUAUAAUUCACUCGAAAAUACACGCGAUUUUUCAAAAA